AUGUUUGUGCCUUCUAUUCAGGAAUCGUCUUCCAACAAGCAGGCAGAUCAGAAAGCAACGUCAUCACAAAUAUGGCAUACAGUCUCGGGGGCAAUUAAUUUCGUAUUUGCUCUGCCAGCGGUAAAGAGCAUUGACACAUUGGGCCGAAGGAGAUGGUUGCUGCUGACACUCCCCUUCAUGGCGGUGUUUAUGCUAGGGGCCGGACUCUCUGAAAAUGUCCGAGAUGAUGCAACUCGCAAUGGAGUGACGGCCUGCUUUCUGUUCCUCUUUGCAGUAGCAUACUCACCCGGCCUCGGGCCAAUUCCUUUUACCCUAGCCUCUGAGAGUUUCCCUUUGACACAUCGAGAAGCAGGCACAGCGUGGGCGAUUUCCAUCAACCUAUUGUUUGCCGGAUUAUUGGCCGUCUGCUUCCCGGGCAUCAACUCUGCUCUUGGCCAGAAGGGGUCCAUGGGGAUCUUUGCUGGGCUCAACAUUGUAGCCUAUGUCAUGGUUUUCCUGUUUGUGGAGGAGACCAAGCAACGCAGUCUGGAAGAGCUGGACCACAUCUUUGCCGUCUCGAAGCGAGAGUUUAUGCACUUCAAAGUCACGAGGUACCUGCCGUGGGUAAUUGGAAAAUACGUUUUCCGCCUCGAAAGGGACGAGCCAAAGCUGUACAGAGACAUGGUUUGGGGCUCUCGACCAGUCGGCCUGAAGCAAACACGCAUCGAACCCUUGGGAGAAGCCCGGAUUGAGUUGCGGCCAAGACGUCCGACUGUCUUCCAAACCCCCAAGUUUUCGGAUACAACUAGACCGAAUAUGGCGGAAAUGGAAGAAAUAUACCCCCCAGGGGUAGCUGUGCCUUAUGCGAGGGAAUACCAGGACGGCCAGACUCCUCGUCAGGGGACCAGGCGCAACGACUCUAGAUUUCAGUGA